AUGAGUAAAGAAUUUUACCACUCAGAGACGCUUCGUUCGAAGCUAUGGUGGAAUCCAGAAAAUCAGAGUGUAUUAGCCUUCAGCCCUGCCACAAACUUUUUGCAUUUGUGCAUGUUAAAUUGUGUUGUUGGAACUGAUAUAGACAUUGAUGUGGCAGGUUAUGUUCGGUGGACAUCUGUAGCAGCAGCCCGAAUAUUAGCAAUGUUGAGAUGGCUCGAAAUAGGUGAAGUGCAAAGUAACAACAAAAUCAAGGUGAAAAUGGCGGUUAUGAUGAGACUCUUCGUUUUAAGGAUGAAAGAUGAAGUCUAG